AUGAGUCCUCUUUUACGACUUGAAAGGGUUCGCGCUCCGCCGUACGAGAGGGGCUGGAGCUACGUGGAGCGCAGAAGUGGGCAGCUCUGUCUGGUGCGAAAUAGGAAGGAUGGACUUCGCCUCCAUCGCCCGGCGAAGAAGAGAGCACUACCUAGAGACAACGGGAGAGAACCAGAGAGAGAGGUGAUCAUUGUGCGUGACGAGGAUCUGCCGGCCAUCGGCCGGCAUCAUCAUGUUCAUCCAAGGGGAGACAGACUGUUUGUGGAUGUCUCUCAACAGAGAGCUGAGCGGCGAGGAUCAGACGACCCCCGCGAUACAUCCCCACGACCGCGCCCAAGAAUCGAAGUCCGCCGUCCUCUGAAUGCCACUCCACCGCCCUCUCCAAUGUUCGAAGCACCCAGCCCGGAGGCAUUCCCCUACCGUAUCGUGCAGAAAAUCCCCGUCGAGCGGGCUCGGCUUCGUCGCGUCAGACCUGUCCAAGUCGUAGACGACCCUCUUCAGCACGUCCUGCCCGACGACGAUGAAUGCUACGAGGAACUCUUUGAUUCAGCCAAAUUGCCCGACAGGGAACCGAGACCUUAUCACAUCCCCGAACCCGAGAACGCGGUGUGGGAUGAGGAUAUGGAUGCUUGGGUUGUUCGGCGCGCCCCGAAAGUGAGAUUUUCCUGA